CCAUUUCCCCAAAGACUAAUGGUAGGAGCCGAAAGAGAGCAUGCGGUUUUUAAGUUAAAACACUGUUAAACUGUCCCUGAAGGGAUGUAAAAUACCUGAUUUCUGUGUUUUCCAGUGAUUCUGAGCCCUGUGUUGGAUAUACUGUCAUUAUUUGCUGUUCAUUUCUGAGAGAAACUCUGAAUCAGGACUGAGACGAAGUGAACAUUUAGUGAAGCUCUGAACCGUAAUCCUCUUCUCUGGAUGGAUAAAAUAGCCUUUGGCUGCAGUAGUGGAGACGGACAGUCACAGAUUAACUCCUCCCAACAGAUUAGUGGACCUGGUGUGACUCUGUAGGGAAGAGUAGUUCUAAGAGACACCAUGCCGUGCCUCCACACGGAGAGGCAGGCCGGAGAGCUCGCGGGCCCCAAAACCUCUGGAGACCCUGCUGCAGAGACCACUCGGAGGAGCAGGGAGAAGAAGGAGGAAAGGCAUCGAGGAAGAGUUCUCUCUCCGUUGAGGAACUUACGGACUAAAGCCGAGAAGUGGGGCUUCAGAAAGGGCCUGGAUGAUGGGGAGAGAGAGUCAAAUGAGAACUCAGAAUCUACCACCAAUCGCAGGAUUAGGAAGAACAGCUGUUUUGUGAAGAUGUCGACUGUCUUGGUUCAAAUGCAGCCUGAAUUAAACGUGCUUCUGCCGAGGCGGCGCAGGGAGUCCCACCCCCCCUGUGGAUCCUCCUGGAGGCUUGCACCCUCUGCAGCACAGGACAGGCCAUGGUUGUGUUUCUCUCUAAAUCAUUCAGAGGAUUUAGCAAAAUUACUUCUGUUUCCAGAAUCCAGCUCCAUACAUCAGUACCCGUUCCCACGAACAGCCAGAUCACCCCGCUCAGCUGGGCCCUGUGGCUUAGGCAAAGGCUGUGAUUGGAUAAUAGGCCUGUUGGGAGACAGAGCCAGUUAUAUGGGGUUGCAGGAAAUCUGUGAAAAGGUCCUGGUGCACAUCUGUGAUGUUCUUGCAGCUGAACGCUGCAGUCUAGCCAUGAUAACCACAGAUGAGACUGGAAAGCAGGUUUUGGGGCCUUUCUUCCACUCAACAAAGAGUGCUCACAGCCAGACCCGCCAAGACUGGGACAAAUGCCUGAUGGGACAUGUAGCAAGCACAGGGUGGCCUCUCAACAUCUCAGAUACCAACGAGGACCCAAGAUGUUCUAAAGGAGUGCAUAAGCCGGUAGACUGUAGACCCAAGAGUGCACUGAGCGUGCCCAUCCUAAACCAGCAAGCAGAGGUUAUUGGUGUCGUCAUGGCAGUGAACAAGAAAGGAAAAGUGUGUUUUUUCUCGAAGAAUGAUGAGAAGGUUCUGUCAUCACACAUGGCCCUCCUCGGAGUGAUUGUGGACAACAAGCAGCUCACAGAGAAAACAGACCAGCAGUGCCAACACAGCCAGGUGGUUCUGGAGCUGGUCCAGUUGAUGGCUGAACAGCACCAAUGCGUGGAAACUUUACUCACAAAAAUGGCCACGGUCAUCCUGCAGGCCUGUAAAGCAAAUCUCUGCAACGUGUUCAUUUCAGAUCCAGAGAGCAAGGAGCCAUUCUCAUGGAUGGUGUGUGUGGAAAACAGUGAGCAAAGCCAAUCAACACUCUCAUCCAGAAGAGACGUGGACCAGCAGGAUGUCUUCUAUGCAUAUGCUUUGCAAGUUUGGAACAGCAUGGAAAUGCUAAACGUUGCCAUGGAGAGGAGACUGACUCAGCCAGUGGCUGCUGGAGUUCAUUUGCACAGUUUAAUCUGUGCUCCAAUCAGAAACAGACAGAAGAAAGGGGUUCUGGGUGUGUGUCAGCUGCUGAAUACGGCCAGUGCAGAUCCUGGUGAAGGCAGCAGUUUUAGUACGGCGGAGGAGCGCCUCCUGCAGAUCUUUGUGGAGUACUGCUCUCUGGCCUUUCACACUGUCAGUGUCCAGAAAACAGCAGAGAGGAGCCUCAACAAACUGACCGUCACUGAGGAGGUUCUUUCAUACCACUUGUGUUCAUGUGCAGUGGAGGCAGAGGCAGAGGAUUUCCAGGAGUGUAUGGUCCCCUCGGCGCUCUCUCUGGGGCUAAUGGACUUUAGUUUUAGCGACGCUGACCUGCCUGCGGCCGCCAGCACUCAGGCCGCUGUCCGCAUGUUCCUGGACCUCAACCUGCUGCAGAACUUCAGCAUGGACUACAAGAUCCUGUGUCAGUGGGUAUUGAGUGUGAGGCGGGGCUACAGGUGUAACAUAGCCUAUCACAACUGGAGCCAUGCUUUAAGCACCGCCCACUGCAUGUUUGCCAUUCUCAGAAGGACGGAGCAGCUUCAGAGGAACUUGAGCAGUUUGGAGAUUUUGGCUCUGAUGAUUUCAGCACUGAGCCACGACCUCGAUCACAGAGGAGUGAACAACUCUUACAUAGAGAGAGCACAGCAGCCCAUAGCUCAACUCUACACACACUCUGCACUGGAGCAUCAUCACUUAAACAUCUGUCUGCUCAUCCUCAACACCCCUGAGACUGGAAUUCUGGAUGGUCUCUCUGCAGAGGAUUAUAAAGCCUGUAUUGGGAUGAUUGAGAAGAACAUUCUGGCUACAGAUCUCAACGUUCACCUUCAGAAAAGAGCAGAACUCUUCGAGGUGGCUGAGAAUCACAGACUGCAAUGGAAGAAUGAGGAUCAUAGAGAUCUGUUAAGGUCAGCACUGAUGACAGCCUGUGAUGUGUGUUCGAUCACUAAACCAUGGCCAGUUCAGAAACGGGUUGCUCAGCUAGUAGCAGAAGAGUUCUUUGCUCAGGGCGAUCGAGAGAUACAUGAGUUCAACAUUCAGCCAAUCGCAGUGAUGGACAGGGUGAACAGCACUCGUUUACCUGAGCUGCAGAUUCAGUACAUCGACUCCAUCUGCACUCCUUUAUACCAGGCCUUAUCCACUCUGUUUGAGCCGUGUGCUCCUUUGCUGGAUGGUUGCAUGAAAAACAGAGAUAAGUGGGAGAGUCUGGUUCAGGGAAAAGAAGAAAAUAAAGAUGUGGUGAAAGGAUGAGCUCUAUAAGCUACAGUCCAAUCAUGUCUGCUUUUGUUUCAUCAGUUUCUGUUAGUCCAUUCGUUUCUUUACUUUCAUCUAGAGAAGGAAUCUGUAUUUAUUCGAUAUCAUAGAGAUUUAUUAUAUAUAAAAUAGAAAACUGAAAUAAAGUGAAAGUGUAAUUAAGUGAAAUAUCUAAACCUAAACCUGUAUGUGAUUUUGUGGUUUUGCCUUUAAUUGCUGUUAAAGUAUCCUGGGAUCCUUUGUGACCUCACAUCCUGUUACUCGUCACAUUAGAGAUGGUUUUUAACCUUUUCCAGCUUUAUGUGCAUCAACAACUCCUCUUAAAUCUCCUUUGUUUGUGUGAUGAUGCACUUCCACAAACAUCUGCUAUUAAAACCAGAUUAAUGGAUCCUUGUUCUUUAAAAAAACAGACUCCUCCCACUUUCAUCCAAAUUUACAGUCACAUGAUUUGGUAAUCCUAAAGAUUCACAUACAGUACUUCACAGAUAUGUAAUAUUGUAUCAUUUUCCUCUAUGAAUAAAUAAAUAUGUCUAAUAUUU